AUGGCAUUUUCUCCCACGCUGUUUGCCAUCUAUAUGGCUAAGAACGCUCCUCGGGGAGAUUUCCAGAAACACACAACAGAGCUCCAGGAUGCUUCAUGGGAAGAACAGACUCAGUCCCAGUGUGGUACCUUCACUGUCCUGGUUUUUCACCCUGUUGUCUUCCUCACCCUGACACACUCAUGUAGAGGUCAGUCUGAGGUGAUUGGUCCAUCUCAGCCAAUAGUGGCAUUCAUUGGUGAGGACAUCAUUCUGCCGUGUCACCUGGAACCUGCCAUGAAUGCCUUCGACAUCACCAUGGAGUGGGCGAGGCCUGACCUGGACCCCAGGUUUGUCCUGGUGUGGCGUGACGGCGUGGAACUGGAGAGUAAAAAACAUCCGUCCUACAGAGGACGAACAUCUCUGUUCACUGAGGAACUGAAACACGGGAACGUGUCCCUGAAACUCUCCAAAGUGAAAAUAUCUGAUGAGGGAACAUACAGAUGCUUCAUUCCGGUACUAGCCAGAGCCUCUACCGUUCAGCUUGUUGUAGGCGCCGUCUCCCCACCUGUAAUCCAGAGCAGUAAAAACCUCCAGGUUCUCCAGUGUGAGUCUGAAGGCUGGUACCCAGAGCCGGAGGUGCUGUGGCUGGACGGUGAGGGGAACCUCCUCCCUGCCGGACCCACAGAGACUCUCCGAGGUCCUGAUGGACUCUACACUGUCAGCAGCAGAGUGGCUGUGGAGAAGAGACAUGGCAACAACUUCUCCUGUAGAGUCCAGCAGCAGAACAUCAACCAGACCAGAGAGACACACAUCCAUGUUACAGAUGAGUUCUUCAUGGUCCCCACUACUCCCAGUACUGCUGGUAGUCCCAGUACUGCUGGUAGUCCAGGUGUUAUUACUGGCUCAGUUAUCGGCUGUGCUCUUCUGUUGUUAAUAGCUGCGGCUGUCUUUGUUGUGUGGAAAUGGAGACAAAAGAAAUUCAAAAACAAGAGGAGGAGCCUGGAGGACGGAGCUGAACACACCGAGGAAGAGAAGAAGGUCACAUCUAAACGUGAUAACACAGGAGUCCAGGUCCUGAUGGAGCGAGAAGGAGAAAGUGCUCCGCUGAUGGCAGGAAGAGAGGAAGAGAAUAAUGGGAUGAGAGCAGAGGAUGAGGACGCAUCUCAAAGUGAACAUCAAGAUGAAACACAACAAAACCAGCUGGAGACCAAACCAGAUAUGGACAGAGCAGAAGGAGAGAGGGACGUUACAUCUAUAAAGAAUGAAAACGUACCUCUGAUUCCAACAGAAGUAGAAAAACACCAAAAACAAGACAUGACAGGAAGAGAAGUAAAACAUGAUGGGGACCAGGGUGAAGGAGAGCAGACGAUGAAACCAGUAGAAGAAGAUUCAGGACGUUCACUGGUGCUGCUGGCAGAAGGACCAAAAGAGCAGCUGCAAAAUGUCAAGGCUGAUCAGGAGGAAGAGAAAGAAGAAGAGACACGGCAAGAGCCAAUGACUGAUGUGCGCAAGAAAGAGCCAAAUAUAUAA